AUGCAAACAAAUCCACAUAAACUUGCACUGAAGGUAAGUCUCUCUGAACCUUUUGGUCCCUCUUUCCCUGCAGCCAAUUCUCCAGAAGUGGCAGAGGCCUAUCGUGCCACGUGCAACGCGAAGGUUCUCUCUCGACCGGACCAAUUGGCCGCUAUCGCUGAUCACUGCAACGCUCGCAAGCUGGAUAGUCGCAAGGCCAGCGAAGAAUCUAUUGAGGUCUUCUUCACCGUUCUUGUCAAGGCACGAUCUCAUGGAGAGUGCGGCCCACUAACAGAGACCUGUUCGGUGGUGAGCGUGUUGAAGAAUUCCUUCGAUGUCCUGAUCCUUUCCACGGGUCUUAUGAAACGCGUCUACCUCAAUAAAUUGGAUUUGACUUGCUACGAGUACGAAGAGGCGGCAACUAAGGAAAAGGGAAUUGUGGGUGCCGGAGUUCUCCAUCUCCAGUGGAACGUGCGUUCGUUAGAAAGCGUGAUGGGUGCUGAAUCUCAUGCCAUCGUUGCUGGUCCUCCCCCACCUCUGCUAUCAGACCCGGCAGUGAUGAACGCGGUGCCGGCACUCGCAGGAGGUGACACCCAAAUGCCGCCUCCCAUGCCGGCUCCCUGCGGCUGUUUUCGUCAGGAGUUGCAUCUUUUCGACCUCUGUCGAUGCAUGGUGGCGAUUGAUGAGACCUCACUCUCUACUGUUUCAAAGGCUGAUGAGGUGGAUAGCGUUAACAACAGCUUCAGCGUCAACAAUGGUAAUCGGCUUCUAAAGUUAAAGGGUCGACUGUGCUACACUUCGGAGAACUCAGCCUAUGUGAUCAAUCCUUCUGAUGGGAACCGAAUCCUCAUUUUUGACAAAGCCUUGAAUCGAGCCCUCCCCAACGACAUUGUCGCUGUGAAGUUGAAUAGACCCGAACAAUGGCGGGUUCGCGCCUUUCUAGAGGAUCCUGAGGAUCAUCCCAACCAAACCACAUCACCAAUUAUUCCUGCAGAAGCUGAAGAAGAAUCCCUUGACGAGUCAGAUAACUGCCCUUACUCCUCUGUAUCGACUGGUAACAGCAGUCUCACCACCACACCUCAUUUCCAACUGACAGCAGAAAAUAUUCCUGGAUGGCGGGGUUCGUCAGCCGUCAUCAAUGGUGCCGAUGAAAGUUUCUAUCCCACCGUCCAGGAGGUGUUACAGACUUCUCCUCUUCUUUUGUCUCGCCUCUUUCCGGGGGCUCCAGCUCUGCUGGGCCUACAAGAGCAGAGGCCUCUGUCGCCGCUGCCCAGUCGGCACCUGCUACGUACCGGCCGGGUAGUAGGUGUCCUGGCUGAGGACACUUCUAGUCGCCGUCUCGUUGGCGGUCUGGUAUUCGAGUCUGCUCCCCUCCUGCCUUCGGCGUUUGUGGAAGCUGAGGGCCUCGAUGAAUUUACUCGCCCUCGCCAGGGUGUGGUGGAGGGAAGUGAUGGGCUACCCGUGGCGGUACCAAGUGUCAACUGCUUCUUUGUGCCCGAGAGGGCUCACUGCCCUAGAAUCAAGCUGGUCCCUUCAUCUGUUCCUGAAGAUCUUUGGGAGAAUCCUCACAAAGCAGAAGGGGUGCGGUACAUCUGCAAAAUCCAGGAUUGGCCACCUACCUCACCCUAUCCCAAGGGGAUCCUUUGCAAACAAAUCGGCGAUGUGCGAGAGAUCGAACCGGCCACACAAGAGAUUCUUUUAUCGCAUGGCAUCUAUGAGGAUGAGUUCACUGAUGACGUAUGCACCUUUGAUCUCCCAACAUUGCUCGAUUUUGAGUCUUCGUCAUCACUCAAAGCUACUUUUUUGUUAAUUGAAAGCCAUAAUCCUCUUCCUUGCCUUUCUUCUUCCAAGAUGUUGAAGGAUCUGCCGGCCUCUGAGGAAGAAUUCCAGAUCCCUAACUAUGAGUAUUUACGCAGAAAGGACUUCCGCUCACAUUGUGUCGUCUCUGUGGAUCCUUCGACGGCGAAAGACCUCGACGAUGCUCUUCACGUUAAGAUGUCUACUAAAGAUGUAUUUGAAGUCGGUGUACAUAUUGCUGACGUGUCUUUCUUUGUGCGACCUCUGACGCCUCUGGACCGAGAGGCGGCAAACCGAACAACCUCCAUCUAUCUUGUCCAGCGCGUUAUCCCAAUGCUGCCUGCUAUCCUUUCGGAGCGUCUCUGCAGCUUAAAUCCAGGUGUCGAUCGGCUAACCUUUUCCGUCGUCUUUAAGGUUGACAAGGAAGGAAAUGAAGCCUCCGCAUUCAUCUAUAUUCUUAUGUUUAAUUCUUCGCGUCUGUGUCUGCUGCAGGUGUUGGACGUGUGGUUUGGCCGCACCGUGAUUCGGUCGUGUGCACGCCUCUCAUACGAGGACGCUACGGCUCUACUUGAGACGCCACAAGGGGAAUUAGGCAGUCUUGCCCCUCGUAUCUCUGUCCAGGCCCCCUUUUCACUUUCCAACAUUAAGCGCUCCAUCACCUAUCUUGACAUGUUAGCUCAAAAGAUGCGAAAAAGGCGAAUCGAAAAUGGAGCGCUGUUGUUGGACAAAGUUCAGCUGCAAUUCGACCUUAGUCCCGAGACGGCAGAGCCGAAGCAUUUUCCUUUUAACAACGUUAAUGUUUCCGGCUCUACACACAGUACUUCUUCGAAGGAAGGGAUGGAGGCGACCCCUAAGAUGACGGGAGGAGACGAGGAACCUGUCGUACAAUCUCAAUCCUUCCCGGCAGGAUGGCCGCGGGGCUACGUAGUUAAGCAGAGCGGUCGCGCUCACCACCUCAUAGAGGAGUGGAUGCUUGCAGCUAACCAGGCUGUGGCACGGCGUCUAUUCUAUCACGUUAUCCGGCAGAAGCACCAAGAAAUCUUACUCAACGCUGACCCUAAUACUGUCUCCACACCCACCGUGAUCGCUGCGAUCAAACCCAGCUCAGCACACUCCAUUGGAGUAGAGAGAUCAAAAAACUUGCGCACAUCCUCCAUGGGCACGGUUCUUCGACGCCAUCCUUCUCCCAAGGUGUCCAAGAUGGAAGAAUUAGUCAAGAUCGCCAGCUCUGCGGGUAUAUUAGUGGACACCUCUUCAGGUGGAGCGAUACGUGCUUCUCUGGACGCCUACAUCGCGGGGCUUCGAGAGAAGGACACACCAGAAUCCGAGGUGGAAAGCUUGUCUGCGGCGCUGAGCUACCUUACCUAUAUGCGCAUGCAGAUGGCGUUGUACUUCAACGUGGAGGAUGUAGUUGACCGAGCCGUCAGGAAGGCUCGUAACGGCGAAGCUGCAGAAAUGUACCCGUUGGGCUCGGAUGCGGUGGGAGCAGCUAUUUCCCCCCCCACAUCUCACGAGUCGUGGGAGUCUUCCCUUCUUAAGUUCUCCCACCACUUCGGCCUUAAUGUGCCGUUGUACACACACUUCACCUCUCCUAUCCGACGCUACGCUGAUCUUCUUGUCCACCGCCAGCUAGCUGACUUACUGGGCUGCGGUCACUGGUCAUGCCCCAAGCCCUCUAUCUCGUCCACUUCCUCUAAAACCAACGGUUCCACAAUGGCAUGUGCGCCUCGUCGAAUUACUGUUCAGGCAGCGUGGUGCAACCGGAUGCGGCGCGAGACGCGCAGGGUCCAAGAGGAGAGCCAACAGCUCUUUCUCGCUGCAUGGAUUAAGGCGAGUAUUUCAAAUGGAUCGGUGCAGGAGAAUGCGGUGGUGCUGGGUUUGAGCAACACAAAAAUCCAGCUUUUCGUUCCUUCCUGUGGCCUUGUACUCAGCCAUCAACUUCAGAAGUUUUGUCGCAAAGCUGUCAGCUGGCAGGUAAGGAGCAACCAAAAUGCCGAAGGUGAUGUCAAUCAUGCUCCCUGUGUCACAGUGAGGUGGGAGGAGGAGGAGGAGAAAAAGGAAGUGGCUGACGGAGAUGAAAAGAGGAAGCCGACCGCUUCUAUCAAUACAAAACUCUCUAUCCUCUCCUUGUGUCUCGUUCGACUGACCUGCAGCUCGAUGGGUUUCUACGUGAAGGCUGAACUUUUGCCGCCAUCGAACUCUUUGCUCCAGCUGCCACCUGCCCUGGAGAUGAAACAGGUGUUGCCAGGAAACGCGUGUACAGUUGGAUGUGGUGUCAAAUAA